UGAAGUUAAAGGAACGCAAAAAAAAAAAUAAUAAAAGAAUAGACAGAAGCAUAAAAAAAAGCAGCAGCCCGGCCGUGAUAAAAAAAAAUGUUUUUGUUUUGUAGUUGAUAUCGAUUAGAUUUUAAUAAAAAAGAAAAAACAGAAAUAGCUGCAAUAAAGAUUUAAAUAUAAUUUUUAUUAUCUUUAAUUAAAGGGGUUAUUUCUGUAUAAAUUUUAUUAUUAAGAUAAUAAUGUUGGAAUAGAUUAAGUUUUGUGAUCAGGAAAACAAAACUUUGCUAUCACUUUUUUUUUGUUGUAUUAUAUAACAAAAUAGCAAAAACUUUUGAUAUUUUUUUUAUGGUUUUCGGAUGUCGUCUUCAUAUUUAAUCGGGGCUUAUAGACAAAUUUCAUUGAUUAAAUAACAAAAUUAAACAAAAAAAAAGAAACGAACACUUUGAACUUACUAAAAAAAAAUUUCAAAUGGAAAAUUGUGAUUUUUGUAUUCGUGAAAUUGGAUUUUUUCUUGUUUCUUAAACAAAGAGAAAUUGAGGACAAACAGUAUAUUUUUAAGACUGCCAUAAUUUAUUACAAAAACAUCAACACUAAAUAAUACGCCUAUAUUACUGCAAUCUAAUAUUUAACUACACUUCUUCACCAUUUCAUCAAUUGGAGUUCUACGAUCACAAAAAAAAAAAAUUUAUGUAAAAUAAGCAUCUUUAACUUAAAAUUAAACGGGAAAUAAGAUAAGGAAACAAAUUUAUUUUAGCCGUCCAAUAUAAAAAUAAAAUUAAAGGUAAAAGAAGAAAAGAACGGAGCCAAUUUUAUAGGUGGAAAAAAUGACGAAUGCACAAAGUAAAUGUCUUCCAAUUAAGAUAACGUGUCAUGAAUAUGUACAUCCAUGGACAGAAAGUUGUUGGAAUUCAGCAGCUGGACAAAUUUUACAUUCUUUAGGAAACAGUUCGAAAAUUUAUACAAUAGUUUAUAUGCUCUCUUUAUUAAUGCGUGGUAGAAUACCAACAGCACGUGAUUUACAACGAACAUUCCUUGGUAUUAUUCAAUCAACUGGAUUCCUAGUUACAAAUGGUUGUUCUUAUUUAAUUUUUGCAUGUAUAUUACGUAAUCUAUUGGGUGAAUUUUAUUUUUGGACAAUUGCAUAUGCACCAGCAUUUUUAGCUAGUUUAUUUGGUAUAAUUGUAGAGAGACCGACUCGUAGACCAUUAUUAUGUUUAUAUGUUGCAAAUUUAGCUACCGAAACAAUAUGGCGUAUGACUGUAUCACGUAAUUUAGUACAACCAAUUAAAUAUGGUGAAACAUUAAUAUUUGGUUUAAGCACAUCAGUUUUAUUAUAUUUAUUUAAAAGAGGUUUACAUAAAAAUAUAGCGAAAGAUUCAUUAUUUAAUGUAUUAAAAUUUGUUGUUGGAAAUGAUGAGGAGGGUAAUAAAACAAAUGAUAGAAUUGAAAAUAAUAUACAAAAUAAUAACAAUAAUAGUAAUAGUAGUUAUCAAAAUCAACGUAGAGCCCUUUUAAAUAAUAUUAGUAAUAAUAAUAGUAAUCAAAAUAUCAAUAACAUUGAUAACAAUGAAAAUAAUGAAAAUAAUGAAAAUGAUCAUAAUGAAAAUGAUAAUAAUGAUAAUGAUGAUGAUGAUACUUAUGCUGAUGCUAAUAAUGGUGAUAAUGAAAUAAAUAGAGAUAUUGAAUUAGAACAACUGCAGCAACAACACGAACAACAACAAGUAGAAAGAAGAAGAAGAGAAUUAGAUUCACCUAGUGAUUUAUUAAGACGUUAUAACAAUAUUGGUUAUGGCAAUAAUGAUGAUGAUGAGGAAGAUGAUAAUCAACAACAAUUAUCAAGAAAUUCUAAUAAUAGAAAUGGUUUAAAUAAAUUUCAAUUAAUAUCAAAUUUGCUUCAAAUAUAUGAAAAUAUUUUGAAAAUGGUUAAAACAAUGCCAAAGCAUAAAUCAUGUCCACAUUCAAAUGGUUGUCUGUACUAUUCAUUGUGUGGUGGUUUAAAAUUGUUUGGAGUUGGCAUUGGUGUUCAAGUUGCAUUAAAAUUGGCAUUACAAAUACAAAAAGUUAUACAAUUUAAAUUAAAAUUACGUAAAACAAUUUUCAAUGAAGGAACAUUAAAAUUAGGAUUAUUUUUAGGUGGAUUCUCAUUUUUAUACAAAGCAUCAUCAUGUAGCCUUAGGCAUUUAUUUGGAAAAGAUGAUCCAUUAUUUGCCCUGCCAGCCGGAUUGAUAUCAAGUGUGGCAUUUACAAAAUAUCCAGAUGUUACAAUUGCCUUAUACGUUAUGUGGAAGAUGUUACAGAUUACAUAUAAUAUGGGUAUUAAAGCAGGAUAUUUACCAAAAGUUCCUGGAUUCACAAUAUUUUUAUAUUGUGCUAGUACAGCAACACUAUUUCAUGCAGCUGCUUUAGAACCUGAAACAUUACGACCUAGUUAUUGGAAAUUUUUAAGUUCAAAUUCCGGCGGACGGGUCAAUCAUAUGGACAGGCGAGCAUUUGAUGUUUAUGGCUUAAAUUCACAUGAGCAAGUUAUGAAAAUUCAGAAACUCACAAAUACAGAUAACUCAAAAGUUAGUUUUGCUUUAGGUUAAGAGAUUUAUAAAUUAUAUGAAUAAAAAUUUAAUUUAAUUAAAAACAAAAACAAAUAAAUGAAUAAAAAUUGUUUAAAAUUAGAAAAAAAAGCAAACAAAAACAAAAGAAAUUCAUAGAAGGGAAGGGAAAUAAAUCGUAAGCAAAAUUAGGCCAAAGAAUAAUAAGACCGAAAAAUAAAAAAUUCUUAAAAAAAAACAAAAUGAAAUUUUGUAAAAAAAAAUUUAUUUUUUUUUUUUAAUUUUGUGAUUAAAAAUUUUGACAAUUAUUUUGACAUUUUUCAAAAUAAAAUAAUAAAUAUAAAAUAUUUAAAAAUAAAAAGAUAAUUGAUUAAAAAAAAAAAACAAAAAAAAACUUUUUAAAAUUAUAUUCCUAGAUCUUAGUGCUACUUUUAGAUAUAUAGUGAUCCUUCUUUCCAAAUUGAAAACGUUUAAAAAUAUAAAAAAAAUAAUAAGAAAAAAUUAAACCAAAAUAUUUGUUAUUCUGUUGAAGUUUUCGCAAAAACACUAAAUUACCAGUUAUAAAAAAAAAAUUCGUGCCAAAAAUAGCUUAUUUUUUUUUCUUUUAUUGAUACAAUCAAUUCUACUUCAUAUAAUUUGUUUUUUUUUUUUUUUUUUCGAAAUCAAAAUUGAAUUUUGAUAUUAAUUUCGACUUAUAGGAUCAAUUAAGAGUUUCCAAAUAUUCCCAUUUAGGAAAAUUCAUUUUGACUUGAUCUUAAAAUAAAAUUUUUUGUUUUAUUUUUAAACUAUUAGUAUUUAUUUUAAUUUUUAUUUCAGUUUUUCUAUAAAAUCACAUUUUGUUAUAAUGUAAAUAAAAAUUUGUUUUAUUUUCAAUAAUUAAAAAAAUUUAAAAAUUAAAAAAAUUAAUGAAUUUCUUUUUAUUAAUCGAUAAGUA